AAGCUUCAAGAUAAGCUUUAAAAUGAAUAAAAACCAUAUUUAUAGUUUCGGUUUCCUAAUAACUCUAUCAUUUUUUGUCUUAAAAGUAUAUGGUCUCGAAUGUUAUGUAUGUGAAAAUCAGGAAGAUAAUAACGAAAAAUGUGUUAAAACCAUAAAAACUUGCGAAUACGGUCAAGAUGUUUGUCUAACUGAAAUAAAAUGGGGUAGUACACCUUAUUGGUCUCAAGGGGCAAAGAAGCAAUACUAUGUGUCGAAACGGUGUUCUAAUAGAACGGACUGCGCCACAACCAGAGAACGCUAUAUGCCUACAUGCACACAUAUUUGGUAUCAAGAUUGGGUAUGUUCAGAUUGUUGUCAGGGUGAUCGCUGCAACUAUUACAUUAUAAGUGGAAAUGCAACUAUCCAGCCAUUUUUAUUUAUGAUCAUAGGCAGUGUAACACUUCUAAGACUUCUAAGUAAUAAGUUUAUUUUUUACACAUAGUUAUAAGGAAAAUAAUAUUUCUUGGAGAUUAAGUAUAUUCUUUUCUCCAAUUAAGACC